GGCUGGUGUCAAAAGGAUCCGGACAAUGGCAUCACCACCAAACAUUAUUGAAUAGUAAAUUGUAAACUGCUGACCAAAACACAAUAUUGGAUUUGAGUAAUAUUUAAUAAAAGCGUGCAUACAUUUCUAAUGAAGCCUUAACCAAAGUUUCAUUUUGAUUUCAAAAUGUCCCCGAAUUCAACAAACCAAGCCCGUCUUCAACAGCUAAAGGACUUUGACGAAUCAAAAGCUGGUGUCAAAGGGAUCGUUGACAAAGGCAUCACAAAAAUCCCAUCAAUUUUUGUCCGGCCCAAGGAAUAUUCCGCCGCCGGGGACCCAAGUUCCAGCCAACCAACCCGAACUCAGUUCAGUAUCCCUAUCGUGGAUCUCGCUGACACUACCGGCCUGCAUGAUGACGUGGUCGCUGGAGUCCGGCAGGCAGCGGAGACUGUCGGGUUCUUCCAGGUGAUGAACCAUGGGAUACCCAAGAGAGUGUUGGAGGAGAUGUUGGCGGCGGCGCGUGGGUUUCACGAGCUGCUGACAGAGGUGAAGGCUGAUUACUAUAGUAGGGAGCAGAUGAGGAAGGUCAAGUUCAGGAGUAACUUUGAUUUGUAUCAGACAAAGUUUGCUAGUUGGAGGGACAGUUUGUUUUGUGUCAUGCGUCCUGAACCUCUUGAUCCUCAAGAAUUGCCUGACGUUUGCAGAGACGCAACCAUGGAGUACUCAGACUACGUUCACAAAUUAGGUGUCACAUUGUUUGAAUUGCUAUCUGAGGCACUUGGGCUGAAAUCUGACCACCUUUUAGGCUUGGAUUGUGCAAAGGGGCAUGUAAUUCUUAGCCACUACUAUCCGCCAUGCCCCGAGCCUGAACUGACUAUGGGAACUACCAAACACUCUGAUCCUUCUUUUCUCACCAUACUACUUCAGGACCAAAUUGGUGGCCUCCAGGUUCUGUAUGAAAACCAGUGGGUUGAUGUUCCUCCUGUUCCUGGAGCUCUAGUUGUGAACAUUGGAGAUCUCUUGCAGCUUGUAUCCAAUGACAGGUUUAAGAGUGUGGAGCAUCAAGUGCUUGCUAACCAUGCAGGACCAAGAGUAUCUGUUGCUUGUUUUUUCACCCUGAAUUUUUACCCAUCAACAAGGUUGUACGGCCCCAUAAAGGAAUUGUUGUCUGAAGAUCAUCCGCCUCUAUACCGGGAAACCUCACUGCAAAACUUCAGUGCUCACUACGACGGAAAAGGGCUUGAUGGGAACUCUGCACUAACACGUUUCAAGUGGCAGAGGCAACAAUGACAUAAGUCACCUUUGCUGUAGAUAAGUGGCUGUGAACAUAUGUUAAGAGUUCCUUCAAGUGGC